UAAAAAGGAAAAACGCAAAGGGAGACGCACUGGGUGAACUAAUCCCCACCCGCGCAGAAAUGUCCUUUGCCAUGUUAAGAUCAGUCCCCAGUCGCUGCCUCUACCCAGAGAUCAGCAUGCUGUCAGAAGGCGACGAGGAACUGGACAGCGAGAGCUCGGGUUCGGAGACAUCCUUCAGUCUGGGACCUUAUGGUGGAGGAGGAGGAGGAAAGAGGAAGAGGAAAGCUACGGUAACGGGAGUCAUUAGACAGAGACAAGCUGCAAAUGCCAGAGAGAGAGACAGGACCAACAGCGUCAACACGGCUUUCACAGCACUUAGGACCCUCAUCCCCACCGAGCCUGCAGAUAGGAAAUUGUCCAAAAUAGAGACCCUGCGGUUGGCUUCCAGUUAUAUCUCACACCUGGAUAACGUGUUGCUCCUGGGAGAGGCUGGUGAUGGACAACCAUGUCACACGAGUGCAUCCAGCUACUACCCUGGCACCAGGGUCACCGAGACAGAGAGCAACCAACCCAAACAGAUCUGCACCUUCUGUCUGAGCAACCAGAGGAGAAUGAACAAAGACCGAGACAGAAAGAGCACGAUUCGAAGUUAACCAACAUUAACAAUGAUGUGACCCACGGACUUUGCAAGCUAGUGGCAGACUAGGAGGAGCAGUACUCAAGAUUGCAGCCACUGGAAGGGAAAGAAAAUAAAUAAGGAGCAUGUUGAGGACAAUUACAAAAAUCUGCAGCAGUGCAAAAGAUGAAUGCAAUACCUUGACACUUGGGCGUUCCUGUACUCAGAGUUUUAAAGAAAAUUAGCGGAGGCCAAGCAAAGACUCCAGAGAUGGGCUAGAGUUCCCAACUUGCUCCUUUGCAAAGAAAGAUGCCAGCACGCAGCCGCACUGCCAACACAGCUGAACCGAUAGCUGGUACCA